AUGACGUUUGGUAUUUUAGGUACUGAAGAAACAAAACAACAAAAAAAUAUAUAUAUUCUCGUGCUGCUGCUGCUGCUGCUGGUGCUGCUGCUGUUGCUGCUGCUGGCUACUGUCACCGCAGCAGCAGCAGACACCAGCAGCAGCAGCAGCAGCAGGAUUACUGCAACAGAAGCAUAUCAUCGUCAUUAUCCUCAGCAGCAAACGCAGCAGCAGCAGCAGCAGCAGCAGCAACAGCAGCACCAUCACCAUCAGCAUCACCAUCACCAUCAACAGCAACAACAGCAGCAACAACACCAGCAACAACACCACCACCAGCACCACCACCAGAACCAGCACCACCACCAGCACCAGCACCAGCACCACCAGCAGCAAGAGCAGCAGCAACAGCAGCAACAGCAACAGCAGCAGCAGCAGCAGAAGCAGCAGCUGACUGGGUAUUCCAGCAGUGAAGGGUAA